AAACAGCUGUGGUUCAUAUGUCCCUGAAGACGACCAAAAGUUUGAUAAGUUUAUCUCUGAACGUCGGACAGGGCAGAAGUAAAUUGACUGCCUGUGCCAACAAGAGAAAAUGAUCACUUGAAAGGGAUAAACAAAACAAUUCAAGAUGGAGACGAUCGUUGAGACGACAAUUCCAGAGCCUUCGUCAUGGAACUCCACGAGUCUGAAUUUGGACAACUUGAAGAUGGACAGCAACUUUGCCCUGUUGCUCUGUUCACUUGUUACAGCCAUGAUGUGGGUCAUAUAUAUCACAUACUACAACUCGAGAGUGAUUGGAUACAUCAUGACGAGGGCGUUGAACAAGCUUUACAUCACCGAGGGAUAUUUCAAAGUCGGGUCGUUUACUCUCUGCUGUCUAUCUGGAAAGAUAAUGUUCAGGGACGUUGUGUACAUUACACAUGAUUAUAGCUUGAGGGUUCAGGAUGGUUGGAUGAUUUUCAGAUGGUGGAGGUCUUAUGUGCCAAAAGAUGUUUCUGAAGAUUUAUCACAUUCAGACACAAGGCUUUCAGUUUUGCUAAAUGGAUUCGAAUUACAUGUGUACAAUCGGUCCAGUGUAUACAGCGGGCUUGAAGCAGCUUUUGGACUCGAAUCUGGAAUCAUUCCUCCAAAAGAAGCCAAAACAGAAGCUUCAAGAAAUCAGGAUAAUUUAGAACUAAGCCCAAGAGACACACCACAAUCUGCGCCUAGAUCUCUUGGGAAAAGCUGGCGUGACUUAAUUCCUGUCAUAAAAUUUGACUUGUCUUCUGGUCGAGUUGUUUUGGGAAAUAGGCUAGUGCAGUCUACUUUAUCAAUCCAAGUAGAAGAAGCUCAUGUAGUGUAUUCAACUAAACCAGCAGCAUCUAAACUUGAUUACUUCAUGCAUUUUGCAAAGUGCAAAGCUGAAAACUUCAAGGUCAUGUUAGCCCCUAGUCCAAAAUUCACUGGUUUGGUAGAUGAUCCUCCAAGAUACAUGGGUGAAGGGUUCGUCGUCCUUUCCUCAAAUAAUGUAGAUUUAUAUUUUUAUAUGGAUGAACCUGGUCUAGUCCCUCCUGAACCAUUAAUGCACGAACUUGCCAAUGGUGAUAUAGUAGAAUCUCAGCCACCUAUGUGGGGAAUGGACAUUAAAUGUGGAAAAGGCACGGAUUUCAGUUACGGUCCUUGGGCAGACAAACAAAGAGAGCAUCUGUUUACAUUUUUCUUUCCACAAGAUUACCAGCCACUGAAGAUAACAAAACCACCCAUUCCUGGUGAGAAACGACAAAUGCAAUCAUUUGAUAUUAGACUCAGCACACUCUAUGAUGCCACAAUUGACAUUCUAUUUUCAAAAAAUAAAGAAACAAAUGCAGUUCAUAUAAAUGUUGGCCCUGGAUCGUAUCUUGAAGUUACAAUGCCCUGGGUUGUCAGUAAUGAUGGUUAUACAACAAAAGUAACAGGGCAGUUGCUUCAUUUAGAAGCUACAACAAGUUUACAGUAUCGAAGUUUAGUCGAAAGUGAAACUCUAGAAUUCACUGUCAAAGCGCACUUUCCAGUUAAAUGGAACGAUCAUCAAGAUUGGUCAUUAAACCUGACAGGCUGCAAGGCAUCAGUCUGGUUUAUUUAUGCACAUAAAGAAUUUUUUCAAGCUAUGAUUAAUGACUGGGCUUCUAAAGCUAGACCUGACCUUCUACACUUUAUACCCUACACAUGGAAAUUCACUCUAUUAAUGAAAGAAUUUGAAUUUAUUAUGCCUGCAAAUGAAUAUAACUGGAUUGAUUGUUCCUCCCAGAGCCAUGAAAACAUGUUUAUCGCAUUUUGUGGGGAUCUUUUUGAUUUCUCAUUUGACCUACCAUUCACGGACUUCCUUCCGCCUAACCUUCCCUUGAAAUUUUGGAUUCAGGGUGAGAGUAUGGACUUGGCACUUUACCUGCCCGAAGUUUACACUUCAAGGUGUACACUUCUUUCCUUAGAUCAAACUGCUAAAUUACUUGGCCGAGAUGGUAAUAUCAUGGCUCCUAGGACAACUGAUACAAACAGAAAAUGGAGAAAUAUUUGCAAGAGAAAGGAUGGUUGGUUAGACUGUUGGUCGGUACCUAUUGUUGCACUCUCCAUAAAUUACAUUUAUCACCCUAUGCCUCCGUUUGGCCCUCCACCUCAAGCAGAUAUAACUACUCCUGAGAAAGAAGAAAUUCUACUUUCUCCCAUGAGGAUACCGCAUACAAGAAAAAGACCUAUAAUAAGAAAUUGGAGACAGGAUGGACCUAGGUUUGAUCCUACAACAUUGCCACCUGAUAAAGUUAGUCUUGAACUCGAGAUUGGGCCUUCAAUGUUGCUUAUUUAUGGCUCAUGGAUCAAGGGCUUUAUCAAUCUUAAGGAAAAUAUUUUUGGGGAUGACCAAGUAUUUACAGACAUGAAUGAAGCACCUCAAUUUUAUUUAACACCUAAAGCUCCUACAGUACCUGAAACGCCAACAUCAAUAAUUGAUGAUUCUAUGAUGGUUGACUUUGAUCCUAGAAUUUAUCGACCUUUAGAAGUUACAGUCUCAAUAACUAUGCAUGAUAUACAAGCUCAUCUAGUUAAGAACUGCACUGAAAAAGAUCCACCUUGCCCUAUAAUUUUAUUAGAAAGGUUUGGCUUUGAAAUGAAGAAAGGUUACAAAGAGACUCAGCUGCAGUUAUUGUUGUCUCCAGCAAUACUUUUGAGUUGUGACAAACUCUCAAGCAGGACAUCCAAAGAGAAACAUUUAAACCAAGGACAUCUAAUGCUAUCAGGGUUCCAGCUUCGAGGUCAAGCGAUGUUCAGCGAUGAAGGAAGGAGCCUGGAGCAAGAAACUUUAGAAUAUGCAUGGCUUCUUGAAUUGCAAUUAGGAAAGCUUAGUGGAAAAAUGACAACUCCUCAAAUUUAUAAUUUGAUGACAUCAUUGGAAGCACUUUUUCUUUUGACAAUGGAUGAUGAGAACCGCUUAGUGCCACCUAGAGCACCUCCUCCGUGCCAUCAUGGUCUAAUACCUGUACAGUGCCCAGAAAGUGAACCUUCUGGCACAUACAGGUGCCCACCACCAGACCAGAUCAAAUAUCGUUUAGUUCGUGUCGCAGUUGAUGCCUUAGACCUUUAUGUAGUCGAGUCAGGAACAGCAAUUCAUUUCUGGGCUGCACCUAUUAGAUUUUCAACUUGCAACCUACAUGGAAAUAAAGUAAAAUCGGGUCUCACCGGUGUCAUCCCUUCCAUUAAAGUAAGACAAAUGAUUAUUACCAAUCAACUAUCAGCAACAAACACAACUGGAAGUGGGAGAUCACAACAUAAGUGUAAUAAUGAGCCAGAUGUUUGGCUUGAAGUAGGAUCCAUUUCCCUCGGCCCCCUCAUUUUAGAAGCAGCUGUAUCCCUGUCGAAUACAGACCACAAUUUACAUCUCGUUCAACACAGAUUUCUGAAGACACAUGAUGAAAGGACAAGAAGAUUAUGGCUCCUCUGGCCGGGUGAAAAAACAGGAAAAUGUGGCUGUAUUGGAGGUUGUUCUUUCUUCGGUAGUAAUGCGAACGGUGCCAAAUUCUUCAGGCCAAGUCGGCAAGAUGCUGCAGAUGGAAUCAACAUUGCUGCUUUUAGGAUAAAUGAAAAUGGAAAGGACCCAGGCUUUGGGCAGAGCAUACUACAUGAAUCUCAGCUUGUAUUUCACACUCCACCGUACAAUUCGAAUAAUGUUAACAUUUAUGACACUGUCGGUGUUUGGACUGACACUCUCACCAGACCUUCCGCCUUUAAGUUGAACAGCGGUUUGGAACCAUCAGAUAGCCCGCACAGUGAAAUCAAAGUAGAACGUUCAAGGUCUGUAACUGAUCAUCACAGGGAUAGGCGAAAAGUAGACACACCUAGUCCGGUAGCAAGUAUUAAAUCUAGUCAGCCACGUAGAUUUUCUUAUACAUCUACUACACCUAACAGGAGUUCAACAAAUGGUCAUGGAAAAGAUGUUCCAUAUUCAAGGCUCGUAGAUUCAAGCCCGACAAGUCUUUUGCCACCAAAGCUAGAUUCUGAUUCAAGGCUACAUGCAAGUGAUAAAGCUAGAAGUAUCUUAAGUGUACCUGAAAGUGAAAUUCAGCCAAAAUCGAGUAUCUCAGAUUCAAAGCUCGCAGUUGAUUAUUUCAAUUCAACAGCUCAACAGUACAACGCUCUUGUUAACAGCGCCCUCGCUCAGGUAUGCACAAUUGAUCCUUCUGAAUCUGAACAUUCACUACAAGAGCAGCUCGUCCAGAGGACGAUCUCCAUGUGCAGCGAAAACCAAUCUGAAGCAUUUUUUUCAGCCGAAGAAGACAUAAGCCAGGGGUUGUUACCUGGAGGAAGUAGAUCUUCUUCACUUAGACACUCUAUAACUUUAUCAAGGAAACCUUAUGGAAGUGAUAUGAGCAUUGUUGGAAACAUGCCACCCACAAUUGGUGCCCAAGUUUCGAGAUUAUGCUCCCACAGAAGCGAUCAUGAAAUCCACACACCACAACAUCGAACAGAUCAGGCCAGUUACAUUAAAAACGGAACAGAAACCGAAAAUACCAAACACAGCCUUGUCACACCUCUUUUCCGUCAUGGCGGAAUGAGCCCCAGAUCUUUAAAUUCCGAACAUCAAGAUGGAAUUACAGUUUUGCUUGAUUCUUCAGACACCCACUCAAUAUCAAGCACAUCUUUUAUAUCUGCAGUUUCAUCUCAGGAAGAUUUGACUCUGGUCAACCUACAUAUGCAAGUCAAUAAACCCAUUGUAGAUUCUCCUUUGUUGAUGUCUAGUUAUGUUAAUCAUUUAUCACAGGUUACUUGCUUGAACUGGGCAUUGUGUUCUUUUCCAAAUGGCUCGGAUGUUUUCACAGUGCCUUUGUUCCAAAAGACCGAUGAUGGAAGAUUGGUAUAUGUUGGGAGCCGCUUUACACCACGAUUUGAACAUCUAACAGAAGGGUUUACAUCUCUGAAAAUGAUCAAUAGAAACAGAGAUGGUUUCUCACCUCCUCCAAGCCUUGGAAAAACACCGACACAUCCUUACCCAUGGGAUAUUUUACCUCCAGAAAAUCCAAAAAAUGAUUCUGAAACUGAUACUGUUACCCAAGAGGAAUUGCUUUCUUCAAGAAAUGAAAUGGGCACAAGAACUACAGUGGUGGUUAAAAUGAAAGGCGAUGUUGAUAUAAUGGUUAGCCCACUUGUUUUAGAAUCUUUACAAAGAUUUAUAGAUGCUCUUACACCAACCUUAUCAACAAUGCACCCUCUCAGUGUAAUAAACAAAUUAGGUUUGAGUUGCAUGGGUCGCGUGGAAGCUAGCAAUGUACUCAAAAGGGACCAAUAUCUUAGCCAAUUGCAAGGAGGUGGCAGUAAAAGAAGUACUGCUGAAAGAGAAGGAAAAGUAAAAGGCCAGCCCCAUUGUGUUAUUGAACAAUGUAUCGCUACUCAAAUACAAGCAACAGUGAUUCUCCCUAAAGUGAAUAUAGCACUUUUACAAGCGUCGGUCGUGGAAGAAGUUAUUUCAUUUUCUGCCCUUGAUAACAUCAGGGAUCUAACAUGUGUUUCCCUGUUGGCAGUGUCUUUCAAUAACCUAACGGCCAGUUUUCAUUGUGGAAAACAAACGAGAGAAAUUGUAGAAACGUUUGAAAGGCCUGCUGUAUUACCAAGCGGUGUAAAAAAGAGUGGCUUUGGGAAAACAGGAAAAGCUUUAUUUCUUGGUUUGAGAACAAGCACGGCGAAACAUGAUUUGACUGGGGAGUCAGUUUAUAUUGAGACAUCGCAAAAACAACAAGAAGAGACUGUCAUAACACUAAAUAUAAAUAAAAUACAUGCCCAGUUGAGAAGAUUACACAAUGAAUGUUCACUUUUAAAAGAUGCAGAAAUCACCGCUAUACCUAGCCAUUGCUCUAAAGUAAUUUUUACUACAAAAUUGGCUACUAAAUCCCAUGAAGAGAGUGCAACAAUAAGAUACUCAGGAACAGAAGAUUUAUCCCUUGUUGGAUUGUCAGAUGAAAAAAUUGGUUUUAUAAUGUGUGAAAGUGGUCUUGAAGGGGUUUCAUUUAAGGUUGUGAAUAGGUCCAAAUUUGAUAUUGAGGAAACAGAUGAUAGCAAAGCAUCGCUGGCACCUCCUGGGGAAAACGAGACCAAUUAUACAGAUUCUGUUCGUUCAAAGGAUGAGCUUGAAUCUGUCAUCGUUGAUCAACAACAGCAACAGAGCAGUACUGCAACUCAGCCAGAGCCUGUAAACAUGACUCCAACAAGUGUAAAAGCCCCAGCGCCAGCUCAACAAGAUUCAAGCCAACAAGAAUGCCAUUCAGAACCAACAGCCAACAAUACUCUAUCGCUUCAUGGGAAGGACGGAAAUGCAUCAUCUUGCGUUAUUGAUGUUAAGCAGGUCUGGUUUAAUUUCGCUGCACCUCCUAGAAUACCAAUCACAAGGAAAAUUGAUUAUACAAGACUGGACUGGAAUUUACUCAGCACAGCCUCACCAGCAAUAAAUGCUUGGAUGAAUCCUAACAACAGAUUUGCAAUAAGGGUUGUUCACAUGUUGCGCUGCAAAUACAGAAGAAGUACAGCUAUUGUGACUUGCCUCAUGGCUGAAGCACUCGACGUCCAAAAAAUUCAUUUGCCAAUUAAGAGUCGACAUGGAAGAUUUACUCCCUUAAGCAAAACUCUUCAAGAAGACCCUUCAUGCCAGUUAUGCUGUGUUUUACGAAGAUACCUUUUACAAACGACAGCAAAUAUAGAAGAAAACUUGAAGGAGGCUGACCUUCCACAUCUUUCUACAUUAAGACAGGGUGUGAUAGUACUCAGUAGGCAGUGGAAGAACAUCUUGUACACACCUUUGCUCUUGGAGCAUAAUUUUAAAGCAAGGCAUAAUGUUAAACCAUUUAAUGUCACUUUUGCAGUCCCAGAUGCUGAAGACGAAAAUGUCCUGACUGAUGGCGAAUUUUCAUAUGAGGACUGCGAAAUCACAGAUGAAUGCGCAAUGUUGCUUAACACUGAGGCUGGAACCAAUUUAAGAAAAGUGCUCAAGGCAACACAGAAACAUGAUGUUCCAACUACUAGUAUUGACGGGCCUACAAUCAACAUGCAGUCACCGCAAACUGGGCACAUCACAUUGGACAGUCUUCAGUUCAGCUCUCCGACUUCACCUGGAUCUGUUCAUCAGUUGGGGAAAAAAAAAUCUUUACUACCAACACAAAUACCAUCAUCAUCGAGAGCUAGUAUUGUUUUCCCCUUACUGAACAACAACCCUUUUCUUGGGCAUCAUCGAAACGAAAGCGAUUCUAAAGGAAUUGGUUAUUCUACUCUUAAAAAAGACCAAACAAGAAGUCUAGUGACAAAUGGUUCAAAUCCGUCUCUUUGCUCGGGUGGCAGGGGCGAGCCAGAUGGUCAGGAAACAUCCAUCCCAAGUCUGGAUCGUACCCUGUCUCCUCCGAGAGAUACUGAUAAUGAUGACCUUUACACCUGGAUGGCGAAGCAACAAGAAUUUACAGAGGCGAAGAAAGAAAAAGAGAAGGUCUUGCCCCCACCAAUCACACAUCCAACGGUGGUACAGACAAAACCUACAUCAGCCCCUGAUGCACCUUUGAUGAAUCCAGAUUACCUCCUACUAACGUCAGGAUAUAGUCUGUACCCAAUGCAUGAUUCAUUAAGGCUUCUUGAUGCUCACCUCAUAUUUGAACCACUUUUGUCAAGUCUCGGUGUUAUGCCUACACAAAUGAUCAGUAGUGCCGGUACUAGCAGCAACACUCUAGAAACAUGGGGUUCAAACCUUUCAUUAAUAGGAGGAGUGGAUUCAAUGAGGAUUGAUAUCGUAGUUAGUGAAUAUGGGAAAGUUCAGGAUAAAAAAGAUAAAUUCUGGCUUGAAAUGCCCCCUGAAACUCCUGCUUUUGUGUGUGAGAGGGUUGGUGUGGAACUAGAACUGUGUAGGCUGGCAGAUAUGACUAUAGUAGAGGACUUGAGUAGGCAGAGGAGAAAUAUGUUAUAUGUGUCUAGAGGACAAUUGAAGAAGCAUUCUAGUACUGUCUUGAAUGUCAGUAUAGGAAUAAGAUACAUCUCCCAACAAGUUAAUAUGCCACUGUUGAGACUUUUGCUCCAAAUAAGCAAUAUGUACCAGAAUGUUAAAGAGACACAAUCAGAACUGAAAGAGCAGCAGCCUGCUGAAAACAAGAAUGUAGCGAAAACUCCUCCUGCUACAGCUUCAAGACUAGACCUUCAGGAAUUUGUAUUGCCUAUACCAACAGAAACAGAAAAACCAAAGGUUUUUCAGAGGUCAAAAUUCUCUGAUAAUAAAGUUCUAGUUUCACCUUCUUCUUCUAUGAGGGCUCAAUCACUUGCCAAUAGAAUAAGAUCAACGGGCAAAAGUGUUAGAGGUUACAUGAAUUUAUCAGAUACUAGCCAGUUGACCUCUCCCACAUCAAUUGUUGAUAGGAGAGUUUCUGUUAAAAGCAAAGAAGGGUCUAUUAAUGUAACUCCUAGGUGCUGGAAAACGGUGUAUCAUCUUCUUGAACUUUAUGCAACAAUGCCCCACACAAAGACCAUUGCGCACAGUCGUUUUUCUGUUGGAGGAGAUUUAUCAGAUAGUUUCCGCAAGAAAACAGAAUCCAAAGAUUCUAAGUCGACUGAUGUUGAAAAAGGAGAAUCACAGACCACCACACACAACCCUGUCAAUCAAAAAGAUUCCAGUAAUUUUAUAAAGUCAAAAUAUCUUUUUCCUGUAUAUACAUGUUAUGAUUUUUUAGGCGUAACAGGGGAGAGAACACGGCUGAUUGUUUUUGCAGUAGCAAAAAUUCACAGAACGAGACUUUUAGCAACGCUGAGUGGCCUUAAAUUGGAAGCGGAAAUGACAAAUCUACAUUCAAGUCUGACUGUUAAGAAAAAGACGAGGCCAACAAGUCUGGAAUGCUCAAUUACGGGCCAUGUCGGUAGAACAAUGAUUGUCUUACUCGAAGGAGUCCCACCAAAUCAGCAGACUGUGGUAAAAGUGAUGAUUGGAAAAUCCCAAGCCUUGUUCUCAAGCAUGAACGUCCCAGGAAAAGACAAAAACUCAGCCCUGCUCACUGUCGGUUCAGUGGCAAUUACAAUUCCUCAACAUCCAGUCGCUUUACACGGCAUGAUGGCAAGAGGAAGCAAGCACCUAUCAUCAACCCUUCAGGAAUUGCGAGUCACACGAACAUCAAGCAGAAUAGGCAGGGCACCUACAAUUGACGAGGUGGAUUCUUCUCACCCACCGCAUUCACCUUGCCACAGUCGUACAGCUAUACCAAAUUAUUCUUCCAGUCAGCAGAACACAUCAGAAACUACUCCUCUACUCCAUCCGUUAGUUAUUCAAUUCUCAAUAGUCUUACAGAGUUUAAGCAUCACUGCAGCUCUCUUACCCUCGUUACAAGCGCAGUAUAAAAUGGAACAGGUCACAAGCACUGGGAUUACUGCAAGCAAGGUUAAAUUUGUUGUGGAUCUUCCAAGGCAUUCACUUUCUUUUUCAACAAAAGUAACUGAGGCUAAUCUUCCAUCAGAAGCAAGCAUAGCAUUACCACAGGUGCAUGUAUCAGCAGAAUACAUCCAAGAUGAGCAUACUUCUAUUGAAGGCCAAUUUGGAGAUGGCGUUGUCCUCCGGCAUGGCAACUACUUAAGUGCUUUAGCAGAUAUUGGUGUUUUUGAACAUUCUUUAACUACAGACUUGCUCAACCAUCUUGUUUUUGUCCAGAAAGUGUUUAUGAAAGAAGUCAAUGAAGUUGUACAGAAAGUAUACGGUGGAGAAAAGCCAGUUCCCCUUUGGGAGGACGACCCACAGGCUGAUGGAAAUAUUAAUAGAAUGCUUUUCACUCUUGUUAUAAGACUUCAGCGAAUCCAAUUGACAGCCGUUACCCCGACGAAUUGUGCUGUGAGGCUUGAAACUGGCAGUGUCGAUCUUCAGCUUUCAAAUAGAGUUCAGAAUAUAUCUGGACCUGUUCCUCCAAACACAAAUAUGAAGCUUUUCAUAAAGGCAACUGUAGACGUGAAUCUGUCUUUGGGUCAAAUAAUAAAGCAUGCACUGUUUGAAGAAGCUGAUCCAGAAUACCAGCAAUUCGCUUUCUUCAGAACAAGAAUUGGUUUAAGAAAUGCAUUCCAAGGAGAAAUGAUCGGUACUGGUAGUGAAGGAAAAGAAGUGAUUCUUAUAACUUUAAGGAGACCUUUGGUUUACAUUCAACCUAUGGCUGUGGACAAAGCCAUUCUUGUUUGGCUUAAUUAUAAAAAUGCUUAUGAAUAUUGGAAUGAGCAAAGAUCCUCUCUAAAUAAAGAAGUACUCACAGCAACACAGCAAGUCUUUGAGAAAAUGCCUUUUGAAAAACUCACAGGGCCUCCCAUAUUGGGAACUUUGUUUUUACAACUUACUGUUGAAGAUAUGGGAAUCUGCAUUCCUCUCAACCCUCUUCCACCGCCCACUUUGGGACGUCACAUGUUUGCUGAAGAUUCUUGUGCAGCAGUCGUAGUUACCUUGGAAUCGACGAGUAUUUCAGCUUGCAGCUGGGGCUCCCUUGUGAGCAAAGGACGGUUUGUCGGUUUGUGCCUAAGAUUCGCCGACGAUUUUGAAACCUCUUUAGAUGACUGGAAGCCAGAUCCUUCUGAACCAGCAAUGAAUCUCUGUGUUGUGUCAGAAGGCACGUAUGAAGUUUGCUCAAGAACUGUAGCAGCUCAAAAAAUAGACUCAGAUAAUGCCAAAUGGUUUUUGAAUGUUCAGUGGGCAAUGCAAGGUGUUGAUAUUCACUUAGAUGUAAAUAUUGGUAAACAGUUAUCAGCAUUAGGGCAUACGCUUACAACACUUACAAGUUAUCAGGAAGAUGACCUGCCUAAUAGAAGUUAUGAUAGUGAUGAUGGUGACAAUGCUGAUAAUAUAGACAACUCAGUUGAAAGUCCACUUUUGAAAAAAUCACGACUGACAUAUGAAACCAUUCCUUCUUUCCUUGAUCCAUCCAUCGAUUCAAAGAAACGUUCCAAACUAAUUGAAAAGGAAAUGAACGAACAGGCAAAAAUAAUUAAUGACCUCAGAACACUAGGAGCGUCUCAAAGUACUAUUGAGCAGGAGAUGAAGAGGUUAAGGGAGUUGGAAGCGUUGAUAUUCAAGGAUUUCAGGCGAGACAUGAUACAAAAACUGAGACGGCAGAGCGUCAAAGCUUCAAACAUUAAAAAGAGACUUAUGGGAUCAAAAUCUGCAACAUUCCGGUCGAGGUCAUUCAUCGUACCCUCUCCUACACCUGAACACCAAAUAGAAAUAGAAAGUCCAGACGUAGUAGCAGGUAGUUUUGGAAGUUCACCAAACACAACAUUAUUCCCUAGAAGCAAUAUUACACCAACCACAAGAGUAACAUUUAGUGGAGAACCACACAAUUUCACUAGACAAUCUUCAUUGCCAAGUGCUUCUUCUGAACUUAGUUUGCCUGUAGAGGGUGAAUUGAUGGAUUGGAAAGCUGGGAGACAUUCAACUGAUAACAUACCACCUCAUACGGAUGUUGAUCAUGGAACUCUUCUGCUUGGAGAUAUUGAGAGCAGUACUACUGGUUCCAGCCCAAGUACAGCACCCGCUCAGCAGAAGCCGACAGAGCCUAAUAUUGAUUUUGAACUUGACGUCAAAGUUUUGAUAAACAGAGGAAAAUGCGUCCUCCACACUAAGGACCAGGCGAGAGAUGAUGAACUGAAAAUGUUGUCAAGGAUGAAAAAAGAGCGAAGUUGUUCUGGUGGAAUGUUUGAGUUUCCACCUUCUUCACCUAGUCUCAGCCGCAAGACACACAGUAGGCAUCAUAGUUCAACUCCUGGAAACAGAUUGAGACAAUUGCAAGCUGCUCCUCUUGGGGAUGUCACAGUUUUUCAUAUUCCUGGACUCGAUGUCAAGGUUCACUAUGAAUCCAAGACAGCACCUGAAUGUGGUAAGUCUGAAUCUCCAGCCGGUCCAAGAAGAACUGGUUCCGGUGGGACAAAAAAAGCCGCCCUGUUUGCCUGGAUGACACUUCAGAGUAUUCCAGAAGAGACGAUUAUUUCUCCCCACAUUCUUGAAUUUUUGGAACAGACCCUUGAGCCUAUCCCCACAAAUGAUAAAAGUUCCCCGUCUACACAAGGAGGAAUGUUCGCUAACAAUGGAAACAUGACGAACAACACUGUUCAGUACUACGCAUCUUUUCCUGUGGAUGUUAUUGUUUAUUUCCACAUGCAGCCAUCUACUUUCAGAUUUUCAUGCCUUCCAGUUUCAAGGGUCGAAUGCAUGCUUCAACUUCCUUCCUUGGAUAUAGUGUUCUCCUCAAAACGAGCAGAUCCCCAAUCACCUAUAACUGGAGUUCAUGGAGCUAUGGGUGGGAUUAGUGUCACAAGUUGUCUUUCUGAUUUUUCCUUGUAUAUAUUUCAUCCUUAUGGUGGGAAAAAGACUGGUGUAAAAGAAGCUCAAUGGAGCCCUUUAUCUGACAGUGAAAGAAAGGAUUCUCUCAGCGUGAAUGUUGAAUUUGUAAAAUUCCAUCUUUCACGCUCUCGCAAACUAAAUGUCGAACCUAAAAGUACAUCGGACCAUCAAGCUAUCAUUCGUUUUUCGACCAUUGUUGAUAUUGGAUCUGCAUCGUUUAAAUAUGACAUGAGGAGGCUAACAGAGAUUUUAGCAUUUCCCAAGGCUUGGUACAGAAGAAGCAUUAUGAGAAGGCUCUUCCUUGGCGAUUUAAGCAGUACUGCAACUUACAGUGAUGGAGACGAGUCCGACACCGGUUGUGUGGAUAAAACGUUUGCUGAAAGGAGUCCUAUUUUAAGAGAAAAUAUGCGACUGAAUCUUGAUUCAGAGUACUUGCUACGCAACAGAUAUCGCAGAGAUCGAAGUUCAAGUUCUGAGUCGAGUCCUGUGACUGCAGACAAAAUUCCAAAUUCAGCUUGGGAAACACUUGUCCUAUUUGCCGUCAAUUUCAAACGCUUAAAUGUGCACAUGAAUAUGGGAAAUGUCAUGGGCAAUGUUAUGUGGCUUACAAAAGAUUUUCGAUCAGAGGGAAGGCUCUCAAUCGGAAGUUCAGGGCAUAAAAACAUGUACAUUGGUCUUGGUUUAGCAGGUGCAAGUCUUGAUGCAAAAGGCGGUAUUGUGGGUGGUACCAUUGACCUAAGCAACAUUGAUACUUUCAUAACAAUAAGAGAGGAUCCUGGUACUGAACCAGAUCACACAGUAGGUUUGAAGCUGUCUGCUCUCGAAUGUCGCCUUGAUUAUAUGGGUACAGCAGUUUUAAUGGGACGCGUCAGCUCCUUGGAAGUAUUGUUAAGAGAUGAGUGGAAAACUGGUGCACCCAAUUCUGUAUUUAGCCCUACACGAAGGCCAGCUAUGAUCUUUAUGCACGGAGACUUACGAUGGGAUCAAUUACAAGUGAUGAUCUCUAAAUCAACGACAGUAGAUCUCUUGAAGAUGCACUACAAAUUAGAAGAGUUUUUCACCCAGCAGUUUAAGAGUAGCAAGAGAGUGUUUUCAUCUCUAGGAAAUGGAGGGACUGGGGCAGGAAGUUCAUUUAGGAAGCGUCAACCAAGGAAAAAGAUAUCAACCACUGAAAGUUGGGCUCAAGAAGCGAGACAUCAUAGGCAUUGGCAGCGAGCUUUAGGACAGGCUGUGGUUCUGAACUUAGUCACCAACUCUGAUAAUUCUGCUGUUCUUGGUGGCACUCUUGAACUGAGAGGGACGAACAUAUCUUUAGCAUGCUUUCACGGAAUAAAUUUUAAAUCCAAAUCAUGGGCUUUAUUUUCACUCAAAGAGCCGAGCAUUUCUUUUGCAACAGAAGCACAAAGAGUACCUAACACAGAAAGUGGAGAAAUCGAUUCCCACAUUGUACAAACGUUGACAUUCAGUCUUGGAAUGAUGCAACAAAGAACCGCUCAGCAUGACAGUAUGGCAACAGUGUGCAAAGUAUCAAGAAACGUAGUUUUCCCACCUCAGUUUAGAACUUUGCAAGAAUGGUUCCAUUAUGCAUUUUCAUGCAGUGAAGAUGAUGCUGUGGAUAGAUUUCCAUGCGUGGAAAGAGAAACUGAAAAUACAGGUGUAAGAGUUCGGGUUGCGCCAAAAUCACCAGAUCCUAAACAUACAAGAGAAGUUAUUUUUGCACUUCCUUCCCUACAAACACAUCUUAAAACAGAACAUCUACAAGCACCAACUACUCCAAACGUUGCAGCUGAAGAAAAACCUGUGGUACAGUGCAGUUUUGUGACAGAAUUCGAAGACCACAUUUUUGUGACAGUGGAUGCAGAAGCAUUUUUCUUCCUCCAUGAUUUAAUUACUUCUUAUUUGAAGGAAAAGGAUCGAGUGUUGGGUAACCAAAAUACUAGAGCGCAGAGUCCAACGCCUGAAAUCUUGAAGAAAGAAUCGAAGAAAAGCGAUGGUGCUAGCGGAAGUUCAGAUACUGGAGAAGAAGAAAAGAAGAAAACUGCCUUUGAACCAACAGAUGUUUUCAACAUGGACUGGAGGUCAUUUGUUUGUAAGACAUGGCAUCUUGAGCCUACCGUCAGGAUUUUGUCAUGGGGAGGUAAAAGGAUAGAGCCGUACGGUGUGGAUUACAUACUUCAGAAAUUAGGAUUCUCACACGCUCGUACAACGAUACCAAAAUGGAUGCAGCGGGGUUUUAUGGACCCGUUGGACAAAGUAUUAUCUGUGCUUGUCUUUCGGAUGACGCAGGUUGCAAGAGAAGAACUUGUCAAAGGCAAAAAGUGAUGUCAAAGAUAAAAGACUGAUCUUAGGGAAAUUGUGAUUUUUGUUUAUAAACUUUAUUUGCGACAUUAUGUAUUUUUCUGCAGAUUUUUUUAAUCAGUUUAAAGCUUUCCCUCCUC